AAUAAGAUUAAAAAAAAUUCAAUUACGGACAAAAAAAGGAAGAUAAAACAUAAAAGAAAGAAAAAUGAACGUUUGUAAGCGUAAAUCUGAAGAAUUUUUCGAGCCCUGUCAAGAUAAUAGUUUGGGGGAUGAAAAUUCUCGUCAAGGGAAGGUUUCUACUCUUAGUGAGCUCAUCGAUGGAUUGCACGAUGCAUUCAAGACCGACCACGUGGACAUCGAUCAUGUUCAAGAUUUAAUGAAAUCAUAUAAGAGUAAUCCAUUGGAGUGGAAGAAAUACGCUAAGUUUGAUAGACACAGGUAUACAAGGAAUUUAGUCGAUGAAGGAAAUGGAAGGUUUAAUCUUAUGGUGUUAUGUUGGGGCGAAGGUCAUGGUUCGGCCAUUCAUGAUCACGCUAAUGCACACUGCGUAAUGAAAGUUCUUCAAGGAGAACUUCAGGAGACACGGUACGAGUGGCCUUCUAUCUUAGAAAACAACGAUACGACGAAAGAAUCGGAAAACGAAUUAAAAGAAAUUGGAAGGAGCACGCUCAAAUGCAACGAGAUUUGUUACAUCAAUGAUUCCUUAGGAUUGCAUAGAGUUGAAAAUUCGAGUAUUAUUAAUCCUUCUGUAUCGUUACACCUUUAUUCUCCCCCAUUUUCCACUUGUUCGGUUUUUAAUAAACAAACUGGACGCAGAAUUGCAGCUGCUGUUACGUUUUGGUCCAAAUAUGGAGAGAAACGAAAUCGUCAAAUCCAAAACACCAGAGAUCCCGAGGACAAUUAAUAAAUCAAAAUUUAUUAUACAAUGUACGGUACCUUAUCAAUUUAAUUUUAGAUCAUAUAAUAAGGCAGCUAUCUGAAUAUCCAAAUAUAUUUAAAUUUAUUAUUAAAUAAUGAUGUUUGAAAUAUUAAAUUAAACUUAAAAGGUAUGUA